AUGAAUGUUCUCUUAUUUCAGAGUAAUUGGUCUGGAAACUCCCAUGACUCAGUUCAGCCAAGGAGAGUGGUCAUUUCUCACAACAUGGAUAAAGCGCUGAAAGAAGUGUUUGACUACAGCUAUAGAGAUUACAUCCUGUCCUGGUAUGGGCAACUCAGCAGAGAUGAAGGGCAGCUGUACCAGCUGCUAUCUGAAGACUUCUGGGAGAUUGCCAAGCAGCUGCGACAGAGGCUGAGUCACAUUGAUGUAGUUAAAGUUGUCUGCAAUGAUGUGGUGAAGGCUUUACUCACACACUUCUGUGAUCUGAAAGGAGCCAGCAUCAGGCAGGAAGAUCCACCAAAACCUUUUUUGCUGCACCCAUGCUUGAGGAGCUCUGAUGAAGAAGUAAGAUUCCUGCAAAAAUGUUCCCAAAUUUUGGUGUAUUGUCUCCUACCCUCAAAGGAUGUCCAGUCUGUCAGCUUGCGCAUAAUCCUUGCAGAAAUACUUGCAACAAAAGUACUGAAACCAGUGGUGGAACUGCUGAGUGAUCCAGAUUAUAUCAACCGAAUGCUACUCAGCCAGCUGGAGUACAGAGAACAGAUGAAUGAGCACCACAAGAAAGACUACACAUAUGCUCCUUCUUAUGAGGAGUUCAUCAAGCUCAUUAACAGCAACUCUGAUAUUGAAUUCCUGAAACAACUGAGGUAUCAGAUUGUAGUGGAAAUAGUUCAGGCAACCACAAUCAGCAAUUUUCCCCAAGUGAAGAGGCAGAAAGAUUCAAAAGGAAAAGAAACUGCUGCAAUGAAAGCUGAUCUACUGAGGGCGCGCAAUGUGAAGAGGUAUAUUAAUCAGCUGACAGUGGCAAAGAAGCAAUGUGAAAAGAGAAUAAGGCUCCUGGGAGGACCUGCUUAUGAUCAACAGGAAGAUGGCACUUCUGAUGAAGGUGAUGGCCCACAGAGUCAAAAGAUUCUUCAGUUUGAGGAAAUUUUGGCCAACCCUUCAUACCGAGAGCACUUUGGAAUCUACAUGGAUAGGAUGGACAAGAGGGCUUUGAUCAGUCUUUGGGAAUCUGUGGAGUACCUGAAGAAUGCUAACAAGGCUGAAAUACCUCAACUAGUGAGUGAAAUUUAUCAGAAUUUUUUUGUGGAAAGCAGAGAAAUACCUGUGGAAAAAUCACUUUAUAAAGAAAUACAGCAAAGCCUCGUGGGUAAUAAAGGCAUUGAAGUAUUCUACAGAAUUCAGGCAGAUGUUUAUGAAACUCUAAAGGACAGAUACUACCCCUCAUUCAUUGUCAGUGAUUUAUAUGAGAGAUUGAUCAAGCAGGAAGAAGAAAGAAGUUCUGCUCGACUAACUCCUGGGGACAAAGAUGAAGUGAGCCAAGGUUGUGAAGAAGCUACUGAAGAAUGCAGCGCAAGAAUUAACGAGCAGGCCAGUUACGCUGUAAAUAAACUUCGCCAGCUGAAUGACAAGCUUGAAUAUAAAAAGCAGGCUCUAAAUUCCAUAUGUAAUUCACCAAAACCUGACAAAAAGAUUGUUUCCAAGUUGAAGGAUGAAAUUACUUUGAUGGAGAGAGAGCACAGUGACCUGCAGUUGCACAUUGCAAGAACGGACUGGUGGUGUGAGAAUCUUGGCAUGUGGAAAGCCUUCAUAGUCUCAGGCGAGGUUUUAGAAGAGAAUGGAGAACAAGUGCCCUGUUACUCAGUCAUGGUGAGUUUACAAGAAGCUGGUGGAGCUGAAACUAAGAACUGGACUGUUCCCAGGAAGCUCAGCGAGUUUCAGAGUCUACACCGGAAACUCAGUGAGUGUUUUCCAUCAUUAAAGAAAGUUCAGUUGCCUUCCCUCAGCAAGCUACCUUUCAAAUCUGUAGAUCAGAAAUUCAUGGAGAAGUCUAAGAACCAGCUUAAUAAUUUUCUGCAGAAAUUGCUCUCUGAUGAAAGACUCUGUCAGAGUGAAGCACUUUAUGCCUUCUUGAGCCCUUCCCCAGAGCACCUCAAAGUUAUUGAUGUGCAAGGAAAGAAGUCCUCUUUUUCACUCUCAUCAUUUCUGGAACGACUUCCUGGUGAUUUGUUUUCUCAUCAAGAGGAAGAAACAGAAGAGGACAGUGACCUGUCGGACUAUGGAGAGGAGGUGGAUGGGAAAAGGGACUCUCUCGCAGAGCCAUGCUUCAUGCUGAUUGGAGAAAUUUUUGAGCUGCGAGGAAUGUUUAAGUGGGUCAGAAAAACCUUGAUUGCACUAGUACAAGUCACUUUUGGAAGAACUAUCAACAAGCAAAUCCGUGACACCGUACAUUGGAUGUUCAGUGAACCAAUGCUUGUUUACUACAUUGGUGUGUUUCGAGAUGCUUUUUGGCCAAAUGGAAAGUUAGCACCACCAUCAACAGCCAAAACUGAAGAGCAAAGACAAGAGACAAAACAGAGAGCACAGCAAAAACUACUUGAAAACAUUCCAGAUACCCUGCAGAGCCUUGUUGGACAACAAAACGCCCGUCAUGGUGUAGUCAAAGUGUUCAACGCAUUGCAAGAAAGAAAGGCUAACAAGCAUCUACUCUAUGUCUUGCUGGAACUGCUGCUAACUGAACUGUGUCCUGAGCUAAGAGCUCAUUUAGAGCAGCUUAAUGCCACUUAGGUUUGAAUCUACACAUGUGGACCACUAGAGAAAUGUCUAUGUGCAAUAAUAGACAUGAAACUUAUUUUCCUCUUUUCCAUAGAGGGCUGAGGACUAUGAUUAUUUUUAGGGUUUUUUUCCUCUUACUUUUUUUGUGAAGUAAACAGACUUGAAAAGAUCUGAUGCUGUAGUAGGGUAGACAAAACAAUGCUGUAUAGUUGCCAAUUUUUAUUUAAAUUGUUCUAUUUGACUACUCUUCUGUUUCAAAUAUAGAUUGAAAAAUAAAUGUUCAUAUAAGCUGAAAGAAACCAGAAAAUAUUUUAAACAUUUAUGAAAGAAAGUUUUGCUUAUAGUAGUAAACUAAUGAAUGUUGUACAGUUCUAAUCUCCUCACUGAGGAUUUGAGCAUUCCUUGAUUCUUGUGUUUUGAAAAAGCCUUGUUGUGCAAUACUACAUGUAAAGCUAUUGUGAAAAUUUUAUCAAUUUUGUUUUUACCAAAGAUUUCCCAUAUGUUGAAGCAUUUGUAAGCAAUAAAUAACAAAACUGGAUUUCAGUACUUGAUAAUUAGGCUGUACUAACAACUAAUGAAUGUGUUUGACAGCCCUAGUUUCUUAAGGAAUACUUACGUUACUUUGAAGUCUGCGUCCAAAAAAUGUAUUGUAAACUGGUAUGUCAUACCAGAAUGCCUGUGUUAAAUGUUUGUUCCAAGGUUAGUGCUUACGAAUUGCUUCUAUGAAUGAUUAAGUAGACAUUUAAUUAAACCAUUGUAACUGCACCCCUGAUAUUAUUCAGGGCUGUUUUAUUCAAAUAUCCUAUUUGGGAACAACCUUCAAAUCUUUCCCUUAUUUUAUACAAAGGAAGGGGAAAAAGUAGUCUUCAGUGUUUUUUAAUUUAUGUAAAAAAUAUGUAAAUAUUGGUCAAAAUGCACAUCUAAAUAAUUAAAUAUCAUCAACAUCCAUAGGUGACAAUCAUUAUUUUCUUUUUAAAUUGCAGGUGAGACUGGUAUAGUUCAAGUUACACAAAUAAAAUCCACGUACUGUUUUGAAAUCCAGGUUAUUAAUAACCGCUAGCCUUCUCCUGCAAUAGAGCCAUAAACUUUUCACGUCACAGAACAGUCCUAAGCAGCUAGUCAAAUUUUCCUACACACAUGAAGCUUUUAUAAGUAAAUAAAUAAUAAGAAUUGUGUAAGCUUGCCAUAGCAAGCCGUAAAAUUUAUUACUUGAAGUAUCUUCUGAUAAAAAGAUUCAGCAUACCAUUGCUCAGACAUACAUACUCCUGACCAAAAAUUUUUCAACUAUUUUUAAAACAAAAAGAGGUAGUGUAAGUGCAAAAUGAAGAAGGACCGAGAAGAACAGGCCUGGAGCUGAAGAUAUAUUCCCUAAUGCUUCCAUACUGAAUGGUUGUUUUUUUUUUUUCCUAUAGUUAGUUCUGUAAAUAGGAUUUUCCAGUACUAGAAAUUGGCAUGGUUUGAAUGGUAAAGCUUAGUGUCAUACAGGCUAGUUUCCAACCCUGAAUCUGCAGUCUAAAGGUACAAAAUAUUAGGACACUAGUAGAUUCCAGAUUAGAAUGCAUUAGAAAAGCAUGUGCGAGCAAGUAUAUACACCACUAGCAAAGAUGACAUUUAAAAAUGGUAUUUAGCAUAAAGCCAUGAUGUGAGAAUGGACUGUACAUGAAAACCAGACAUGUUAGGGUUCAAGCAUUUCAGAAAUAUUGUAUUUAAUAUUUAUAUAUUAAAAAUGAGGAAAAGGAAAUAGUUAUUUGGUUUCAGUUUGAUUUAUAUACUAUAGAGCAGUGUUUCAUUAAGAAAACACAGGGAGUGGAUUGCAGUAAAGUGUCCUUCAUGUACCUGAAGUCUUCAAUACCAAUUUUAAAAAGUCUGCCUUUGCUACCUCUCAGUUAAAGUGAGACUGUGCGCUUUUUGUCUUUUUAAAAAUAAAAUAUCACCAAAUUGUUUUAUGUAAUAAUUUAUAGGAAGUUGAAAACCAAGCAGUAAAGGAUGACCAGUCUAUAACUGCUGAUUACAGAUGGCUUAUUGUAGGAAACAUGUUUAUGCACCAGCCAUAACUAAAGGAAACACUAAAUUCUCCCAAGAUUAGCUUUCAGUUCAAGGUCAGAAGCAACAUCAGGAUCCAGAAGGCAUGCCUUUGAAAACAAAGAACAGUGAGUUCUAGUUUAUAGCUAAAAUCAAAAUUAUGUUGUCAGUACAACACUACAAAGGUCUUUUAAUUUGUAAAUUUCAUUGAUGAUGUCUGAAAUAAUCAACUCGUUAAACUAUUACAGAAUUACUGUAUUCAGCUUUGAAUCCUUGUUUCUGAUGUCACAUAAGGAAAAUUCACUAGGUAUACUACUUAAAAUGGGCACAUUAUAGUAGUGUUAGGCUUUGUUUUUAUUUCUUUUAUACUGUUACUCUUUGUUGGUAUGGUAUGUGCUGGCACUGCAGUCAGAAAGAGCAAUCUGCUUUAUGGAUUGGCUCAGUUUCAUUCACUCCCAUCUAUUCCAGUACUCUCUGGGACACCUGUCUUCUUUUCCUUGCCUCUGUUAAAGCUGAGUGGGCCUAAGAGUGGUAGGCCCAAACUGCAGGUGAGCAGUUAUUUAAAAAAAGCAAACGUUCCCAUUUUAAAUGGGCAUAAUUAUACAAUUAGUGAUGAGGUUAUUUUCCAAAAACAAAAAUCAAAAGAAAAUGGACAUCCCCACAACUCUUAUCUUACACUUGUUACACUUGCUACACUUAGGUAUUUUUCUUGUGUAUUUGGUCUGUCCCUUCUCUCCCUUCUCUAUUGGUGAGUAUCAGAUGAAAAGACAUAGUCCAGUCUGUCAUCUCGUUUCACAGUAAGAAGUUAGUGACCUUCCUAGGUAAGUCUUGAAUGUCCUGCCAGGGACUGAUGCCUGAAAGUUAUAAUUAUCUUUCGGUUGUGGUGGUAAUUCUAGACUAGGUGAAAGAAAAUGGGGAAUGUAGUGUGGUCAUGUGGAAGCCAUGCAGCAAUGAAGUCCUGAUGCCCCUCUUCCAUGCCUUAAGACUUAGGUAGGACUGCUGGGUACAGUAGUCAUAAAAACCCAGUUUAUAUUCCCUUCCUUCCCUGACCUCUUCCUCCUAUCCUCCAUAACACUUUUCACAGAAGGAAAAUAAAACCAUUUAAAAUGUAUGUAUUGAUCACCUGCUCUGCUAGCCCUCUUUUAUCAGUGGUUUCCCCAAGUAAGCCACAAAAGUUGUUAGCUGAUAACUUAUCAUUUGAUUAGUUCUCCAUUUAUUUGGAUUUCCCCAAGCUGGACACUGAAGUAAUCUAUUUACAGAAACAAAUGAUCUCUACGUGCAAACGGAGAUCAUAGAGCAUCUUUGAAGCGUAAAUCCUGUCUGCUGUACUCCCUUCUGUUAGCAUAAGCAUCUCACCUUGGCUAUACCUUUAGGCAUCACUACUUGAAUUUAGAAGAUUCAUCUUCUAGAAGCUGUUACUGAGCUUUUUCCUCAAGCAACAAAUCUUACUUGAGUGCUUUAAAGAAGUGACCUAUUUUUGUUCUCUGUGUCUCAGUAGCCGUAGCUUCCCAGCUAUGAGUGAAAGUGUAAACAAGAAAAAAAAAGUGAGAAAACCCAUUAUGAUCAAUUUAAGUGUCAUUAAAGAAGGCUGUGGUGGUCAGAAUAAAAAUUAUGUAUUCUGACCUGAAGUAAGAUCUGUUGCUUGAGGAAAAAGAUCAGUAAUGGCUUCAAGUUUGAUUUUUCAAUUUGAGAGAAUGAUAAACAGCAAAGCAGUCAGGGAUAAUACCAUCCGAGUUACUUGGUAACUUUCAAGAUAAUUUAACUAAGCUUGUUGCUGUGAUAAUUACCAUUGAACUUUCUUGGUUUGGCUCAAUGCAUUGUUUGCUUAUGCAAGUGGACAAACAGUAUCCUUCAAGGCUAUUUUUAGUUAUUUUGGAUAUUUUUUCCCCUAUAUUCUUGCACUGAUUUUUUUUUUUUUAGAUAAUUAAUGUACAACCCUUUAAUGUAACCAUACAAAAAAAAUGUAGAGACUCAGAUCCAAGGCAUCACCCGAUCUCAUAAGUUAUAAAUUAGUUUGUAAGGUUUUCUCAGCUUACCCUAGAAUAGUAUUUUUUAGCAGCAGCUUGAUCUUGUUGUGUGCCUAGGCCAAGCUGGAGACAUCUAGCAAAGUAGAAAGCAGCCAUAGCAACCCCUUUGGCUACAUAUACAGGAAGACAAUCAGUUAUCUUUGCUAGCAUAUCAACGUUAACAUUUUCUGGAAUCCUGUUGUAGAAUUUACAGCAUUAGGUUAGAAAACAGUAUUGCAAACACCAAUUUAAGUCAACUAUAUAAAUGGAAAGGAGAUAUGUCAAGUGAUAUGAAUUUAUGAAUUUACAUUAAUAUAUGAAUAAUAAGAGUUCUUUUUCCAAGAAAAAUACAGUAAUCCCAAAUAAACUGAUGAACCAUU